AUGUACAUACACAGAAAUACACACGCACAGACACAUGUACACACACACAAACACAUGUACAUGCAAACACAUGUACAAUUGUACAUGCACACACACACACACACACACACAUACAUACACACCCAUAAGACGUUGCAGUACUUCGUUGUUCACUCACAGAUCCGGGUACUGCACUCUAGGGGGAGACAGAGCACAGCACACACUCCUUGCUUUGCUUUCACUGCGCUCAGCUAUUGAGCAGUGUGACGGCUCCCAGUGCCAAUGACAGAUCCGGCCUGAUCUCUGAGCCUGCUCAGCAAGACGGCCCUGGGGGACACACUCGCCCCACCAUAAUUUCCACUAGCCAUUGGCUAGCAGGCGAGUGGAAAUUUCAAGCCCUGGCUUAAUAUAUAUUUUUUCCAGCAAGAAG